AUGGGCUCCUUAGCUGACAAGAACCUUACGCUCCUGACGAGAUGGUAUAUUGAUACCCGUUCUCUGACAGAGUCCACAUCGUCUCUGCCGUUACUGGAGACCCUCCAACCUUCGGACCAAGAGGCCGUCAAGAAGUUCUAUCACCUCAAGGAUAGACACAUGUCACUCGCCUCAAACCUACUCAAGUACUUCUUUAUCCACCGCUCCUGCCGCAUCCCAUGGACCGAAAUCAGCAUCAGUCGAACACCAGCACCGCACCGCCGUCCCUGUUUCAUCCCCUCCCCAGCACUGGCAGAGCGGACCGGCUACCCCAUCCCCAGCAUCGAGUUUAACGUAAGCCACCAGGCAUCCCUGAUAGCCAUCGCCGGGACGAUUCUCCCAGACCCUGAGACCUCAUCAACCGCCACAGCCGCCGUAUUCACAAACCCGGACCCCUCAGCAACGCCAGCGCCGUCCGUACCCCAGGUGGGCAUUGACAUUACGUGCGUCGAUGAGCGGCGUGGCCCAGCAAGCUCCGCCCCAUCCACUCGCAAGGAACUAGCAGAGUACAUCGACAUUUUCUCCGAGGUAUUUUCCGCGCGCGAGCUGGCGACAAUCAAGGACCUGGGCGGGCGAUUCGCCGCGCAUGACGGCGUUCGAGAGAAAGAGGCGGUCGAGUAUGGCUCCCGCUUGUUCUAUACGUACUGGGCGCUCAAGGAGGCAUAUAUCAAGAUGACGGGCGAGGCGCUUCUGGCGCCGUGGCUGCGGGAGCUGGAGUUCACGGAUGUUGUUGCGCCAGAACCGCCGGCGCAGGCUAGUGAGGGGUGGGGCGAGCCGUACACGGGAAUCAAGACUUGGCUGUAUGGGAAGAGGGUGGAGGAUGUGCGGAUUGAGGUUGUUGCGUUUCAGAAGGAUUACCUUUUUGCGACGGCGGCUAGAGGGGGUGGGCUCGGGGCUGGGAGUGAGCAGGUUCCUGCUGAUCCGUGGCAACAUCUGGAGAGUAUCGAUAUUGAGAAGGAUAUCGGGCCUUGUGCGACGAAGACUUGCCAAUGUUUGAAGACGUAG